AAAUUUGUCAACAAAAAAAUGUUGCAAGUACAAUCAUUAAGUGAAUUUGAAAGUCCAGCCACAGGUGACAGAGCAACAGUUGCAUUAAUUAACAGUUGUCCAAUAUAUUGUGACAAAACUCAGCUUAAUAAUGAAACCCAACAAUUUACAAGUUAUAUUCGUGAUUGGAAGGAUAUUACAAUUACACUAGACAUGCUUGCAACACGUGAAACAUCACGUACAAUUGGUGCUGGUGAUUUAUUUUUACCAGUUGAAGAUAGUACAUUAAAAAAAUUAGUCAGUAUUUUACGUGAUAAAGGUGUUAUUGAAACACUCAGAGCAACAUCAAUGGAAGAACCAGAAAAUGUUGGAAAAGCAUUUCACUGGCUUGCUACAAAAAUAAUUACAACAAUGGAUUAUGUAGAAUCGAAAUUACUUGCUUGUGAAGGUUUAGUAUCAAUUGAUUCAAGCUCUGUUCCUGAUAUUGCUGCUACACAAGAUUGGAAAACAGCACUGGUACGUUGUUUAGCAUGGCAUCCACAUUGUUCACGUCUAGCUUUAGCAUCACGUGAUGAUAGAAUUAGAAUAUUUUCACCUGAAAUGAAAGGUAUUGCAACAUUAAGACAUGCUGCACAAAAAUCAGUAUGUUCAAUGAGUUGGCGACCAAAUGCUGGACGUGAAUUAGCAGCAGCAUGUUGGUGUGGUGUAUUAAUAUGGACAAUUGAACUUGGUGCUGCUAGUAAUUCACUUAGUCAUGCUGUAUUAUUAAGACAAAGAAAUCAUGCACCAGUAACAAGUGUAUCAUGGAAUCCACAAGGUAAUUUAUUAGUAUCAUGUUCACCAAAUGAUUCAAGUAUGAUUGUUUGGGAUGUUGCUAGUGAAACUGGUGUACCAUUAAAACGUAUUGGUGGUGGUGGUAUAUGUUUUUCAAAAUGGUCACUUAAUGGUGAUAAAUUAUUUGCUGCUUCAUGUCGAACAGUUUUCAGGCUAUGGGAUACUGGUAUUGGUAAUUCUUGGUCAGCUGAAAAAUGGUCUGUACCAAAUGGACGUGUUGCUGCUGCUUGUUUUGGACCAAAAACACUACUUUUUACAUCAACUGAUGAUUCAGCAUCAUUGUUUUCAGUUGCACUUAAAGAUAAUAUAUUUAAUAUUAAACAAAAAAUUUCAUCUGAUGAUUUUAAAACAGCUGUACCAUUAAUUAAUUUAUCACGAGUUUCAUUUACUAAUAAUAAUGAUGAUGAUGAAGUUAUUGUUGGUGGUAGAGUAUUGUCUAUGGAUUGGGAUCCAUCUGGUUCAUAUCUAGCAAUUUUAUUUCAAGAAAGCCCACUAGUUGCAAUAUUCAAAACAAUUGUAACAAGUUCAUUUCUUACUGAAUUAAUUCCAGGAUGUUUGGUCAAAGGUUUUCCAAAAGAAAUACCAAAUUGUCUACAAUUUCAUCAAUCUAUAGAUUCAAAUAAAAUGAUUGCUUGUUUAACGAUUGCAUGGAGCAGUGGGCGUAUCCAACAAUUUCCAAUUGUUGAAAAUAUCUAAAUAUUUUCAAAGGUUUUUGUUUUUUAUAUUAAAAAAAGUAAUAAAUAUUUUCAUCGCAUCAA